AUGGAGAAGCCCCUCUGCCCACAGAUCCCGGCUCCCCCCCACGGGCCCGCCUUUCUCCAGGCUUCCCACUUCCAGCUUGCUUUCGAUCGCCGUCCCGAAGGCAGCACCGUGGUCUCCCCCUACCGCUUGGACUACCCUCCUCGCUGGGGCACCUACCUGCGGGAGCCCAUCCUGCCCCCUGAGUGCGCCGGCGUGUUGAAUCAGGACAUGGGUGACCCCUGGGAGACCAGGACCGAGUUUCUGACCUCCUACCCCCCGUGGCCCGUGGCAGCAAGGCCGGACAUCACCCCCCCGGCCGGCAGCCUUCAGAUGCAUGCCGACCCCCGGCACCACGUCUUCACCUCCAGCACCCGAGAGCACUACCCGUAUCCUUCUCAGGUGCUGCCCACACAACCCUGCCGAGUGGACAAAUGGGAUGACAGCAUCCCCGGGGGGGACAAGGAGAAGACGCUCCUGCCCCCCUCACUCUACCAGCAAUCCUACCCAGCUCACAAAGAGCUCCCCGUGGCAGUCCGGGCCCCAAACCAGCACCUGGGCAGUGACUCCACCCUGAAGGGGGAUGGCAGGGUCCGUUUCGGUAGCUCCUACAGAUCCCAGUACGCAGGCAAAUGGGCCCCUGCGCCCGAGCGCUGCCAUGAGGGCCUGAUUUCGGUGGUGCUCGGUGACCCCCGCUGCCACGACACUGCGAGUGAACAACAGCGUGCGUAUGCUGCCCCCCACCCUGCUGAUCUGUGCCGCUACGACUCCCAGCGAGCCGCCAGGCAGCUCUUCCAGACCAAUUUCCAAGCGGGUGAUGGACGCCAGCGUCUUUCCACCAUUGCGAAAGAAGCAUUUCAGCGGAAGGAGGCUGGUCGUCCCUCCUUUAAAUGGCCCUACCGGAACAUGUCGUCCAUCCUCCAAGGGGAGCCAGGUCCCCAGUGGAACACAGGGGCCUCCACCACCAGCGGCUCUGCCUUCUACUACCGGGAGCCAAGCCUCAGGGAGCUGAAGCCCCAGCAGCCAAGAAGCCUGGAAAGUCAGCUGGCCAGAUGCCUGGGAGACCAGCGCUUAAGAUCCUUCAGCACCACCCAGCAGUCGGAUUACAGCCCCCCCCAGACUCACAGGAUGUGCCCCCAAAGCAGUGACCUGAUGAAGAGCAGCAUCUCCUUCAACUGCCCUGAUGCUGGCUUCACCACCACCACCCACGAGAUGCUCGCCCCUCACCGGCCCCAGAAGCACCAGAUCUCAGAGGAACUCCUCCAGAAGAUAAAACGCUCCCAUCUGGUCCACCCUUGGGAGGGGCAACGGUGGUUCAGCACCGAACAGCGAGAGGCCUACUGGAACAAGUACAGCGGGCCGAUCCUGCUCGUCGCGGGCGACUCCCAGCGCAGCAGCAUCCCUCUGGGGACCAUGAAGAACUUCCAGCGCCACAGGCCCAAAUGGCCCCCAGGGAUCCAGGCCCAGAGCAAGAAAUAA